AUGGCUGGAAGGAAUGAUGUUGUGAUUGUUGCUGCUUUGGAAGCAAUGGCUCAAGCUUUGGAACAUCAGUCGAAUGUUGGUGAGAAUGCCGCUUCUCGCAAUUUGGCUAUCUUCCAGAGGGAGAAUCCACAUGUGUUCAAGGGAACUCAUGAUCCUAAUGGUGCAUUGACAUGGCUAAAGGAGAUUGAGAGAAUCUUCCGUGUGAUGGAUUUCACUCCAUAUCAAAAGGUUCGGGAGUUCUUGAGGAAGUACUUUCCUGAGGACGUCCGGGGCAAGAAGGAAAUCGAAUUCCUUAAGUUGAGACAAGGGAAUAAUUCGGUUGUUGAGUAUGCUGCUAAGUUUAGAGAGUUGGCUACGUUUUACCAACACUAUGAUGGACCAACUUGUGAAUUUUCGAAGUGCAUCAAGUUUGAGAAUGGAUUGCGCCUAGAAAUCAAGAAGGCGGUUAGUUACCAGAAGAUUUGUGUCUUUGCUGAUUUGGUUGAUAGUUGUUGGAUUUAUGAGGAAGACAACAAUGCUAAUUAUCGGGUUAUUAGUGAGAAACGGGGCAAGAGUCAACAAGGUCAUGGCAAGUGUAACACCCCAUAA